AUGGUCACCCUAAAGCUCAACAUUGAUGCCCUUGGAGACCUUGGAAAUCUCGACAGGCAGGCGAAUACAUUCUCUAGCUUCCUGUCGGACAUCCGAACCAAGGUUCCCAGGUUCAAAUGGCUGAGCACACCCCCGACCGCAGUCCCCGAGGGGUUCCACGCCCUUCACUACAUGAUCUUUCUGGUCUUUUGCGACUUUCUCCAACCAGAAAGCUCCUUGUCAACAAGCGAUGCGGUCAAUUGUAUUCUCAAGGCAUUCCCCGGCCAUGAAGUCGACUAUGGCGCCAUUAUCAUCGUCUGCCUAGAGCUCGCCGCGCAGAUCCCCUACCACCACCCCUCGCAACAGAAACUCGCAAGACUGCUGUGGUGCAUGGGAAGGAGUACGGAACGGCUCAAUCAGGGCGGGUGGAAUAACGGGGAGCUCGAAGCCUUUUACCAGACGCUUGGGAUAGACCUCACGGAUGCCAACCUGCAGCCAAGAGAAGAGUCAGAUCCCGAGUACUCCUCGGAUAGGUUCGUCAACUACGUGGCUUUUGUUGCCAAUGUCCUGGCCAUCGGCAUCUUUCGCCCCUGGUCGAGGACUCCCUUGUCUAUCCUCAGCCGCGCUUUGGAGAGGAGACACAACGAGGAGACUCCGGAGGUCCGGGAUGCGUGGGUUCUUGGCGCGGCGCAGCUGGUCCUGUGGCAUGGCCAGGGACUAUUUAAGCUUGUGCUGAGCCCCGAGGACCUGGUGGAGGAUGACAAGGUACCGAGGUGGCUUGUUGGUGAGCCCGAGGAGCAUGGGCCUAUCGAGUUGGAGAGAUGGGUAUUGUGGAGGGAUAGAUUCAACGAGGUGGCUGGCAACGAGACAUACGGAGCUGAGUGUAGAGAUGUUGCAAAGAAGGCGGCUGAGAUAAUGGAUGUGAUAAAGAGAAGCAUGCUAUUUAAGGUGUAA